AUGGCGGACGAUCUAUCGAAAAUUUCUGGAAGAAAGAUUUCUGUUCUUUAUGGAUCCCAGACUGGAACUGCUCAAGAAGUAGCUGAAAGAAUCGGACGCGAGGCAAGGAGAAGAUAUCUUUCAGCUUCAGUUUUGGCAUUAGAUGAUUACGAUGUGGUAAGUUGGAUCAAUAACCAGUAAGUAACCACCAGUAAAACACAGUUGCAUUUAAAUGUUUAGUUCACGGUUCUGGUUUAAAAAUCCAACAAACGACUAGACCCAUGGGGAACAAUUAAGUUGCUUCCAGAGAGACUCAUAAUUUCCAGUAGUUAACAGAGAGAUUCGAGGGAAACAAAAUUGACUGGUUUUUUUUUGAGGGACCAGUCAUUUAAAAUGAUCUUAAAACCUAGCCUGCCUUCUGCCACAAGCCAAAUGAAAUACCGUUUUGAGCUUAACAGCCAUGUGUGUGUUCGUUUCAUAGAUGUUUUAUCCUAGCACAGCAAAGACAUAAGUAGAUCUGGAAUACACAAAUCUUUUUUAUAGCCUUCCUACAUUACAAAUUUUGCAGCCGACUCACAAGAAACACUUUUGGUGGGAAAUUGUUUUAUUGCUAGAUGUCUUGUGACCUUGAAGAAACCAGUGAGAUUGAGUACUGAAUUUGUUUUUUAAAUUUGUUUUUUCUUUUUUUCAGACAAGAUUAAUUGAUGAGGAACUUGUUAUAUUUGUCUGUGCUACGACUGGCCAGGGAGAUGAGCCAGACAAUAUGAAGGUUAUAGUGAGGUUUUUUAUAUCUUUUCUUAUUGGGAAAACUUUUCUAGAUUCCUGCACCGGCCACCAUAGAAAUAAUUAGCUAUGCAUACAUUUUCUGACUCAGACAUGAGCUGUGCUUGCUAUUUAACUUCAUGAAAUAAUAAAUAGGCUUGUUAUUCUAUUUUCUACCAAAAAAACAAAGAAGCAGGGAAUUGGAAUUUGACAGUAACCAAGUUGGUAUGUCAGUGAACUGUACAUACUUUGCCUUAAAAUGAUAGCAGGUAUUGUUCACAGCUAGUGGUAAGGCUUUCUUUUGAGAGGGGAAGUAUGAAGUUAUUUGCAUGCUGUUGCAUAAUUUUCUCUUUUCAAGUUGUUUUGAAGCUAAUGCGCUGGCCAAUUAGAAACUUGAACAUUCUCCCUCUGUACAACCCCCUCCCCCCCCCAGGCAUUUGAACUUUUUAAAACAGACAUCUUCAAUUAACCAUUACAUUAGCCCAAUGUAGUGGUCAAAUACCCCUCCCAAAGAAAUGUUUUGAGAUUGUGUGAAUGGUCUGAACUUCACAUGAUGUUGAUUGGCAAUUGCACUACAAAAAUUAAAUAAUUGUCUCUGUUGCACAUCCAUGUAUCUUUUGAGGUCCUUGCCAAACAAGCCAUUUGUUUAAAACAGUUGUUUCUUUACCUUUAAACUCCUCAAUCUCACUGUGAGAAAGAUUGCAACUAUCAAACCAUGUUAUCUGACCUGGAUCAUCCAAGGAAGUUAAACUUGACAUUUUUGGUUCAAAUUCUCUUCCCCAUUCAGGUAAUGAUCAAAUUCUCCACUCUCCUGGCACAAGUGAUGGCCAAAUACCCAGGGUUUGCCCCAGGUGUUGAUGUUGUAGUUUCUAGUUGAUCAGCGUAUUAUUAUAGCUGGUCUCCUUGGGCCAUGUUUUAUUUUUAUUUCACCUUACUCUAAGGUUCCAAACAAAACCAUUGUUUUACAGAAAUUCUGGAGAUUUAUGCUUAGAAGAAACCUCCCAUCAAAUUCUUUGUCUGGUGUUUCUUUUGCUGUGCUUGGUCUCGGAGACUCUUCUUAUCCAAAGUAAGUGAAACCAGGGCUUUCAUUGAGAGGUAGGGGACGGGGAUUUCCCCCGGCUACCAUGAACUUGGCCCCUGGCUACUUUCAAAGGAAAAUAGGAGAAAAAUAGAACCAAAAGAUACCCCUAGCUGUUUGAUUCCCUUCCUACUUGUUGUAUUUAGUACCCAGUAAAUUGGAAUCUACGUGACAACCCUGGAAGCAAAAAAGAGUAAAUAUCAUUUAAUUCUGUUGAAAAAAAUGACUAAUGGUAUUUGAUUGUUAAUUACAGUGCAUUGUACCUAUAAUUUGUCAGUUCUUUAACACUGUUUUGUUUGUGCAGGUUUAAUUUUAUUGCCAAGAAGCUGUACAAGCGUUUGGUUCAAUUGGGUGGUACUGCUCUACAGUCUCUUGGACUUGCAGAUGAUCAGCAUGAGUUGGGGUAUGUCUAAGGCAAGCAAGCUACGUAAUAUUCUAAUGGAAUGUAUCGUAACUUCAACAUCAUUGAAAGGAAAUGACCUCAAUACUUUAUUUUUUUAACAUGUACCAUCCACUACCUUUUUGCCUCUCUUGAUUUUGACGUAUUUACAGUGUCCAUAGUUAUGCUCAUCGCCAUUCAUACUAUAGUAUGGUUCUCUCUCCUGCUGUCAGCUCAGAGCAUAAUAUUUUAUUCGUAGGCCAGAUGCAGUUGUUGAUCCUUGGUUAAAGCAAUUGUGGGAAAAGGUUCUAAAAAUGUAUCCACUGCCACCUGGAAAGGAGAUUAUCAGUGCAAGCCAGAGGUCAGCAAGUUGCCUUAAUUAACUACAUGUAUUAGUUAAUUAUAUUAUCAAUGACGUGAAGUUGAGGUGUUAUGAUUAGAUAGAUUCUAAAUGCAAUGCAGACAUCCCCAGGGUUUGUAAGUCAGUGAUACUGUGAGGCGGGCAUGCCAAGCUCAACAUAUCUUUGUGAAUGGAUUUAUCUGACCACUGAAAAUCUGUGCCACAGAUAAUACAUGUUCUUAACUCUCUGGUUGCCGAAAGAAGAUUUACAAAAAUUAAUUAGGAUGUUGACAAUAGGGAUUUAUUUGUGAUCUGGAUUCACUUCCCUUUCCCCUUUGGUUUCUUUGUUAUUCCUGUGAGUAAGCAAGCAUCCAAUUUAAUUAGAGUUCUUGUUGACCUAAACAAAGUUUAAAAUUUGUAUCCAUGGAAACUGUGUGCAUGUGAUAGAGUCUAUAUAUUUAUGCAGGCCUCAGUCAAGAUACAGAGUGAAGUUUGUAGAUAGUAGUCUCCAAGCAGCAAAUCACUCAAUCUCAAUUGAAGUUGACUCUAUGGAAAAACAAGGUUAGUUGAUUUGCAUUUUUAUUUGUCAUGAAAGGAAGUGGGUUUGCAGUACAAAAAAAAAAAGAUUAAAAAGUUCAGUUAGACCUGUCCAAUAAAUUACUGUAGCACAAGAUACACUUUCACCUGAAAGUGUCCUUUGUCCAUAUUAAUCAGUGUCAUUUUAGCAGGCUGAUUUAAGGGCCUUUCAUUAUUGAAAUUGGGGAAACGUUUGGUUUUUAAACAGCUGUUCUUAUUAAGCAGGUGUUAUAAAACAGGGUUUCACUGUACAUUUCGCAAUUUUUAUUUUUAUAUUAUGACAGUUAAACCCAAUCCCAUUCCAUGUAGAAGACAUCCGUUCUGUUCAAGACUUAUAUCCAACAAUCGUGUGACUGCUGUAGAUCACUGGCAAGAUGUCAGACUGGUGCAGUUUGAUAUAAAGGGCUCUGGAAUGAGGUACAGUACACUUAACACCCAUAAUAAAAUUAUCGACACAAACCAUUUUAUAUCUAAAUGCAGGGUUUUGUGUUCUAGUCAUUCCACAGGAGAUGUUCUGAUGGUGCAGCCUAGUAAUCUAGCCGAUGUUGUAGAGGAAUUUUUCACCUUUUUCGCACUAGAUCCAAACCAGACAUUCCUUCUUGAGCAGAAUGAUCCAGGUAUUUUUUUUGCAAACAAAGUUACUACUCUCAUUGAUGUUAAUGUCGUUGUCUUUGUCUAUUCUUUGAAUGUCAUCAUCACCGUGGUCAUCGUUGUCUGUGACUGAGUCUUCUUCGUCAUUGUCAUUAUUACGCCUAUCACCAUAUCAUUAUUAUUAUCACCACCACCACCACCACCAUCCACAUCAUCAUCAUAAUCAUCAUCAUCAUCAUCAUCAUCAUCGUCAUGAACAUGGAAGGCGUUAGCACGAUUUACAUACCAAUUUUACGAAAAAAACAUUGAUCUUUCUUGUAGUUCUCAGUCGACAAUAAUUGUGCUCUGAUACCCAGUGUUCACACAUUCGUGCAUAUCGUGAAAGGCUCCCGGCUUCAUUUGUACUAGAAUUGUUUCACUGCGUUUUGACCCUCAAAAAUGAUGAUUACUCGAAAAUAGCGACCUCUACGGCCUGCUAAGAUAGUAAGAGUCAUUUGAAAAUUUACGGUAGAAUGGUAGUGCCAAGAGUUUACCCUGUUUGCUGAAAGUGACUGUGACUGUUUUUCAAUAGAUAUCCCUCUGCCCUAUCAGCUUCCUCAACCGUGUACCAUCAGGCAUCUCGUGGAGCACUAUUUAGACAUACAAGGCGUUCCAAGGAGAUACUUCUUUGAACUGCUUUCACAUUUUACCACCUCAGAACUUGAAAAGGAAAAGCUUCAAGAGUUUUGCUCAGCUGAGGGGCAGGUAUUACGAUUGUUUUAAGUAAUCGUGCAGUAAAAAUUCAAGAAUUGUUCUGUUUAUUUUUUAUAACGGAAAUUUUUGCUUUUAUUUCCAGGAGGAGCUUUAUUCAUAUUGUUAUAGGCAGAAAAGGACUGCGUUAGAGGUAGGCUGGUUUUAUACACUGCCUUAUUAAUAACAUUUUUCGCCUUUACUUAUCCGGCUUUUCCUUCACCAUUUUGCAUUGCUAAAAUGAAGUGAGGCGGUUGUUUGCGUGUUGGUAUCCUGCGAGCGGCGACACUUGUGCAAGUUCAAGGAAAAUUUUAGGCGGCGGAGCCGCCAUCAGGCGCGGAGAAUGGGCCGCUGGAUGUCGGCUCCGUCGCCAGAGUAUUUUACCCGAAUUCUCACAAGUGAGCCUGCUAACAUGUUAGCGCGUUGGGGGAUAUGCUUGAAGGCUUGUUGUUCCACUUCUAUCCGUGUUCUUGUGUUGUCUCACUCCACAAGAAAAUUUUCGUAAUGUCUCUUGUUUGGCGGUGUAUUAUGAGUACUAGUAUCAUAAUGCUCGGGGUAUAAUGCUCGGGGGCUUGUUUCUCCUUGUCUCUCUCCGGCCAGGUGUAUCAAUGCUGAGGAUAAUUGAUCUGCGAUGGGUUAGCGUCCUGUCCAGGGGGGUGUAGCGAUACUCUGAAUUGCAUCCUUACCUGUGUACCCUGUGACUCUUGUGUUUUGUUACCUUAAUCAACAGCAAGCGUAAUAAAUUUUUUCGUUCGUUAAUUUGACACUUUUACUAGAACACCCUAAAGUGCGAGGAUUCAGGUGAGGUGUGGACGUUCUAUAAAGUAGUGCAGUAAGUGGGUGGGGAUUUUUACAGCUGGUGAGUUCUGAGCGAAAGGAACGCGACUAGAGUGGAUCAGUCCCCCCGGUCUGCCCCUUUAAGCUAAGCGUAUAUUUCCUUUUAAUACGAAAUAACUAUAAACUCAGAAAGAUUUUUCAUACAGAUCUGUCAUAAACAAUUCCCGUUACAAUUUUUCUUCAAUAGGUCCUUCAAGAUUUUCCAGAUGCAAGCGGAAACAUCCCAUUCGAGUACCUUUUUGAUCUCAUUCCACCGAUCCAGCCACGAGCAUUCUCGAUUGCCUCCUCGCUAAUGGUAAGUUUAGCACAGGUACACACACAUUAAAGAUCUUUCCAGAUUUAAUUUUUGCACUUUAGUAAUACAGACACUUAACUUCUAAGUGUCCGAUGAAAGGGAAAAAAUAAACCCGGCUUGUCAACCUAUCCGCCCCUCGAAAUUUUGCCGUAAAGCUAGUCGAAUGGUUUUCUGGUCACUGUCGCGCUACAAAGAGCUAAAACUUGCCUCAAAGCCGUUCAUAGGUCGUACACUUCGCGGCCUUCUAAUCCAGAUGCAAAAUAUUAGCUUGCGAAGUUCGGACAUGCGCAGAAAGCAAAAUUUCGCUUUCCCCCUUCCCUCUUUUUUCGCUUUUGUUGCCUCAUUUUUUUUCUCUUGCUGGGCAUUUAGUAGGCUUCAUUUUGGUAGGAAAAGUUUUUAGGAACGCUUUUAGGGUCCUAGGAUUAGAUGAAAGGAAAGGUAGGUGGGUAGUGGAACAAGACUUUCAUGGAAAUUUUCAUCUCAAUGUUACAUGGUGUCCUUGACUGAAUUGUGCUCAUUCUGGUAUGGUUUGGAAGAUCACUUCACUCUGCGCAAGUUAGCUGACAAAGUUAUCCGUCACAAUCAAAACUGGUGACGUGACAAGCGGUAGAAAGGGCGUGGAUCUGCACGGACGAUUAUGGGUGGCUCAGGGGCAAAUUGGUUAAACAUCUUUAUUGAAAAUGAAUAAAAGUGUUUCGUUUCGAAAGAAACUGUGGUUCUGCGUUAGUGAAGUAGUUAGUACAAGUGUUGGACAUUUCUAUCGCCGCUGUUUGACUAAUGAAUGAAAAUAUCAGAUAGAAAUGUUUUGCGUUAUUUGAAAGGUGUUGUGUUUUGUGACGAGCCAAAAUCGAUGCGGUCUAGCAACAUGUCGUCGGAAAUAUCUGACCAUUCCGUAGGGGCUUAAUACACUCGAGUAUGACUUGACUAAGCUCGUUCAGACCGAACAGGCGCGUUAACAGAAGAAUACACGAGAAACUCGCUCAUCUUAUUCUACUUGACGUAAUAGGUAUCAGCAUUUUUAUAGUGUAUUUAUGUUGUUUUCGCUGUACUUUUGUUAUGUGACAGGUUCAUCCAGAUGAAGUGCAGCUUCUUGUGGCUGUAGUUAACUAUAAAACUAAACUAGUUAAGCCAAGGAGAGGCCUUUGUUCAACGUGGUUAGCUUCUCUAGAUUGCUGCAACAGGGACAUACGCGUUCCCGUGUGGAUCAAGAAAGGCACAAUAUCUUUCCCUAAGGCUUUAGAUGCACCUUGUCUUAUGAUUGGUCCAGGUACUUGCAAUAUCACGAUGUAAAUAGAGCACUAUCCUUCGAACACAACACUAUUAUUUACUUUACAGGCCCAAAGGCUGGCAGGGGCUGGUUCGGAUAGGGGUAGGUUUGGGUUCUGACCCACCCCUGUCCUUUUUUCCGAAAACUUCCUGUCUCAGAGGGUAAAAACAUCAAACAGACGUUCUUACAGAGAAUUGGUAGAGUUGUUGUGAACUAUACACUGAUCAUUGAUCUUAUUUAAUGUUGAAGUUUUGUUUUCCUGUAACGGCGCACUUAAACCUUGAACUGCCAUAUAAAAAGUAAUUUGUUUAACCUCUUAAAGAUAAAAAUGAGUUUUCAAAACAGCAGCAAUAAAAUAGAAUGCAUCACUACCCAGACCAAACUCAAGUUGAGACGAUACAUUUGACAGUGACUGCCAACAGAAAUAGGACAAUAUUUUUAGGUUUUCCUCGAAAAAAUAUGGUGUGCCAUUUGUUGUUUUAGAGGAACGCCAAGAAGUUUGAUGUAGAUAAUUUUUACCUUGUUUUAAUACUUUUUUUGGUUUCGUUUAGGUACUGGAUGUGCGCCAUUUAGGGGUUUUAUCGAAGAAAGAGUAUCACAGUCUGCCGGGUGUAAGACGUCAUUUGACAAAUUCUGGUGCUUGAUUAUUGAAAGCCAUUAACGAUUACCUAGCGAUAUGAUCGUUCUCCCCCUUUUUUCAGGUUGUGUGCUGUUCUUUGGCUGUAGAAAUAGCAAAAAAGACUUCUUUUUCAAAGAGGAAUGGCAGCAACUUGUCGAAAAUGGAAAAUUGCAGUUGUUUACGGCUUUCUCAAGAGAUCAGGUUAGAAACAAAGGAAAAACAAAUGCAAUUCCAGCCCAAUAGUCUCUGUCGCAUCAACGCAUUGCCUAAGGGUUCAGUUGUUGCUAAAACUUGACAUUGAAAAGGGAGUACAUAAAAGGAACGCUUUACGACAAUUUGUUCAUUUAUCUCAAAUGAAAUCAGUUGUAUCUGUUCGCAUAGUCAUCAAAACACAGAUGUGCCCUUUAUCUAUUUUAAACCGAAAUUUUUGGUCCAAGUUUUGCGAUCUCUCCAUGCACAGUACACCUUCAAUGUUAGAGCGAUUUUCGUAUACCCUUGAAAAAUGAUUUCGGUAAGUGUUCUGUAUUUGUUUUAUCAGACUAUGAAUGAAAAGAUCAAAAUAAGGCCUCUUCGUUUUCCCGCCAAAGAAAACCCUAAUAUGGAGAAGGCAUAAUUCGAUUGGCCAAUCGUGUUGCAGUAUGACGUCAAAGCAAAGUGUCGGUUGAUGUCUAGAAAGUUCUCGGGCAUGAAGUUUUUUCACCCGAGCAUUCGCUUAACCAACCAAAUGCCACGCGCGUUUGUAUCUGUUCGAUAAACUAAUGCAAUCGCUCUAUUACCGGUCGUUUGUUGUUUCUGUUUUGUACGCGCGUUUUCAUUAAAUAAAAAGGUCAUUCGAAAAUCGCUCUAACGUUAGUAACAUAGCUUGUUAAUAUUGUUUGACGCUUUACAGGAAGAAAAGAUUUAUGUUCAGCAUCGUUUACUAGAGAACAGCUCUCUUGUCUGGGAUCUUCUAGCUCACAAACAAGGAUGGUGUUACAUAGCGGGGUAUGUAAAGCUGCCACUAGUAGGACUUGAGCCUUUCAGUUGGGUCUACAAAAAAGUUAUCUCUCGACCGGUAUGAGAUUGGACCCGGGUACAACAGCCCUGAGAUAGUUUUCCCGAUGAUCAGUUUCAUGGCUUGAAUCAUUUUUACGGCUGGCGUCUAUUUUUGCUUUGACACAACCCGUUUUUGGUCGAACAUUCAAAAGCCUCUCUCCCCCACUCCCACCCCCCCUCCUCCGCUCGUGAUGCAAGUAUAUGUACCAAGCUCUUAUUGUAAAUGAAGCAUUAUCUAAAAUCAGAAGUUCUGAAUUUCAAUUUCCAUUAGAAGCCUAAAACAUCGGGUAAAGGGUCUGUUCAUCCAAGGAUGUGACCGGACAUUGUCCGUUGAACGGCCGCCUUUUGACGCCCUUAGUGUGUAUGUCGUGUAGCCAUUAGAAAGGUUUUCGAAUAUUUUUUCUUUAUUCUUCAAUCACAGAAACUCGCAACAGAUGCCUGCAGAUGUUACAGAAGCUCUUCUUGAAAUAUUCAUAAAAGAAGGAACAAUGAACGCACCAGCAGCCGAAGAAUUUCUCAAAACAUUAGAAAGAACAAGACAUUUUCAAAGCGAGACAUGGGCGUAGUAAAAGCGGGAAAGAAAACAGCAAGA